UCUUCCAUCGCUGGAGUGCGCUGUCCUCUGUACAGAGUGAAUCGAGAGGACGUGUUGAUGACGUUUGCAAUAUCCAUUUUGUACAUUAUUCGCAUUUGUUGUCGAUUCGGUCGGACUACUGGGUUAUAAAACACGUAUUUUUUUUACAGUUAGCCUUCCAAGGCUAAAUAAGAAGGCAUCCUGGAAGAAGCGGGUGAACCGAAGAUCCCUACGCAGCAUGGAUUCUAUGUAACUCCGGCAAAAUGUAAUGAGGAGAUGACUCCGGGAGAGAAAGAUCAACAGGGUGCCAACCGUAUAGUGUUGGUCAAGAAAAUUAUCAUGAAAGAUGGGCCCACGCCGGGCCAUGGUAUUGGCAGACCCAGUGUCUCCCAUGCUGUUGUGGUCAUCUUCCUGGAGUUCUUUGCCUGGGGUCUCCUCACCACUCCCAUGCUGACAGUUUUACAUGAAACGUUUCCACAGCACACAUUUCUGAUGAAUGGCCUUAUUCAAGGUGUGAAGGGCCUCCUGUCCUUCAUGAGCGCCCCUCUGAUUGGUGCCCUGUCAGAUGUGUGGGGCAGGCGGUCCUUCCUAUUAGUCACUGUGUUCUUCACCUGUGCCCCAAUCCCGCUCAUGAGACUCAGUCCCUGGUGGUACUUUGCAGCGAUUUCCAUGUCAGGGGCUUUCUCUGUCACCUUCUCUGUCAUCUUUGCUUAUGUCUCUGAUGUCACUGAGGAGCAUGAAAGAAGCACAGCAUAUGGACUGGUGUCGGCUACGUUUGCAGCCAGCCUGGUGACGAGUCCAGCCAUCGGGGCGUACCUGUCCGCGUGUUACGGUGACAACCUGGUGGUGUUGGUGGCUACGCUCGUGGCUCUGGCAGACAUCUGCUUCAUCCUGCUGGCCGUGCCUGAGUCCCUACCGGAGAAGAUGAGACUCAACACCUGGGGAGCACCUAUCACCUGGGAGCAGGCAGACCCCUUCCAGUCGAUGAGGAAAGUGGGAAAGGAUCCCACAGUUCUUCUCAUCUGUAUAACCGUGUUCCUGUCCUACCUACCUGAGGCUGGUCAAUACUCCAGUUUCUUCCUAUAUCUUAGACAGGUCAUUAACUUUUCAUCGGCAACAAUCGCAGUGUUCAUCGGGGUGGUUGGAAUCCUCUCCAUCAUAGCCCAGACACUUAUUCUCACAGUCUUGAUGAGAACUAUUGGAAACAAGAACACGGUGCUUCUGGGACUGGGCUUCCAGAUUCUACAGCUGGCCUGGUACGGCUUCGGGUCAGAACCAUGGAUGAUGUGGGCUGCAGGUGCAGUAGCAGCCAUGUCUAGUAUCACCUUUCCUGCAGUGAGUGCCCUGGUGUCUCGCAGUGCAGACCCAGAUAAGCAAGGUCUGGUUCAGGGGAUGAUCACUGGUAUCCGAGGCCUGUGUAACGGUCUGGGCCCGGCGCUGUACGGACUUAUCUUCUUCAUGUUUAACGUAGAGCUGAACACAAUCGAUCCCAUCCAGGGAGAGUACCCCAUCGACCCUUUACCUGUUAACCCCCCGACUGAGAAAUCCUUGAUCCCCGGCCCUCCCUUCCUGCUGGGCUCAUGCACGGUGGUGGUGGCCUUCCUGGUAGCCUUGUUUAUCCCUGAGAACACCAAACCUUCUGUGGUGACCUGCGCUGACGCCAAGGAUACCUCCAUGCUAGCCGGCGUCCACAUCAACACCCCGCUACCGGGCAGCGACGAGGACACGCCAGCCCCGACCAGUGACGAGGACUUUGAGCCCCUGCUGCAGGACAGCGUUGUGUGACUGAGGGAGGGCAGCAGGUGGCUCCUGCAGGACAGCGUUGUGUGACUGAGGGAGGGCAGUAGGCCCCUCCUGCAGGACAGCGUUGUGUGACUGAGGGAGGGCAGCAGGUGGCUCCUGCAGGACAGCGUUGUGUGACUGAGGGAGGGCAGCAGGUGGCUCCUGCAGGACAGCGUUGUGUGACUGAGGGAGGGCAGUAGGCCCCUCCUGCAGGACAGCGUUGUGUGACUGAGGGAGGGCAGCAGGUGGCUCCUGCAGGACAGCGUUGUGUGACUGAGGGAGGGCAGCAGGUGGCUCCUGCAGGACAGCGUUGUAUGACUGAGGGAGGGCAGCAGGUGGCUCCUGCAGGACAGCGUUGUGUGACUGAGGGAGGAUGGAGGGCAGCAGGCGGCUUUGGUAUUAUUACACCCAUCUAUGGAUACCACGCCCCCAUGUAGCCUACGUAUCCCCAACGGAGGAGAGGGAGAGAGGCCUAGCUAACCAACCUCAAUAUUCUGUGCAACUCUGCACUGCACAACCAACCAGUCCCCGCCCCUGUCCCAUAAAAACUAGUAUUUAUUUUUAAUUUUUAGCUGGAUUGGAUUUGCUGUUUAUGAUGUAUUGAUCUUACAGGGGAUGCUUUUUUGGGGGGGAGGUUCACCUCUAGGACCUCUAAGUUUUAAUCCUGAAGGGAGCGACAGCGAAGAUGGCGGACCCAGCGGGCAAAACUGGUUACUGGUUGGUAUCUGGUGCCAUUUCAACCAGGUUUGCCCGCUGGGUAGAUUGAGUUGUUCAAUAGAGGUAGAAGGGAAAGAGCUUGCUGUGCCCGGCAUCUUAUUGCUUUAACGCAUCUUCAAGCUCAGCAUUUACUGUAGCCCACACCUAAUGGUACCUCAACACAAGGAGGCUUAAACCGAGUCUGAAAUGCAAGGAGAUAUGUGCCAGUAGUCAGUCAACAACACUUAAAAUAUUUACUUAGAAAGCUUGUUCACUAUGAGCAGCCAUAAGAUUACAACAUUAUAAAAUGUAUGAGAUGUAUACUGUAAGUCCGAUAUUUCAGGGGAGCUUCUGUUCACAAGCCUUACAACAAUUCAUAUCAUUCAGAGAGCAGUUAUCAUAUCAUUGUCUUAUAACUGGUGGGUAAACAUGGGAGAUUAGGAUGAUAGGAUAUUUGACAUAGGAAGAUAAGAUCUUGGUGUAAUUUUUACUCCCAAGAUCUCAACUUCUCACUUUAUUGUGCAGAGUUUUGGUACUUGAACCACUGGUCCUAGAGUAACUGCUAAAAGUGUUUCUGUAUAGUGAGAACAAUUUAAGAUAUUCACUAAAUGUGGCCUCCUGUCAGUAGGAGGCAGUGCUGAGGUGUGGAUGAUGCCAUUAGGUUAUGGUUGUCAUGGUUUUAUGCAGUGCUCUGCAGUUUCUGUUCAGUCUGUGAAAUCUUGAUUGCUACUGUACUAAAAAGGGUUUUUAUCUUAAAAUAUAUGAGGUAUUUUAUUUAUAUUAUCCAUACUGUAAAAAUUAUAUUGCUAAUGUUCUGCAACAUAUUGACAGAAAUGCCUAGGCUACUCUGGUAGUAAUAAUAAUGUAUUUAACUUAGAGAAACAAGUUUUUACUGGUUUUCUUUUUGUAAUUUUUGGGAGAAUUGUUUUUAUUCUUUUUUUGUAAGUAUAACCUUACCCUGAAAUAUAUGAUGGGGUGGA